AUGACGGACGAUAUAAGGCGCCGUUUCGCCAUUUCGCCCAUCUUCGGCAUCCAUGUCCAACAAAACAGCAUCGGCAUUUUCGUUGAAUUGCUCCAUCCACUCUUGACCGCCCUUCACCGCCCGCUCGUCACCACUCUUUCACUGCCCUCACCACGCUCUUCACCCCCACCACGCUUUACACUUACACGACUCUCCCCCGAGCUCGCAUCCCUCGGCCUCAACAUCGCGCGCUGCACCGGCGCCAUGCUUGCUUCGGCCCUUGCCUUUGGCCUCGCCGGCCUGGCCGCUGCCUCUCCCAUCGGCGAGAGGGAUAGCGUGGCCCACUAUCCGGCGACGUCGCUGUCCAAAGGCUUCCACCUCGUCGUCAACGUCACCGACAGGUGCAAGGACUUUGACCCGCCCAUCCACAACACAUACAUCACCAGCAUCCACACGGGCGCCGGCCUCGCACUCGUCGGCAAUGUUGCCGGACCUGGCACGGCACGCAUCUUCUACCAAAACGCGACGUCGGAGCAGAGCAAGUCCGGUGACGGCACCGUCGUCACCGACAGCGGCACCCCCCCCUACCCUGCCGGUCUGAAGCUCGUCAAGGACGAGGCAUCAUCGACGCUGCGGACGGCCCAUCUCGACGCCGGGCUCGGCACUCCCGGCAUCGGCAUCAGCAAGUUUCCAGAGCCGUACGCCUUCCUCACGCAGGAGACGUGGGUCGCCUGCAACGAGAGCCUGUCCUAUUUCAGAGGCCAGCACUUUAUCAUCUUCAAGUCGGCCAAGACGACGGUGGGCAAGGAUGGCACCGCUCACCGGAACAUCCCCGAAGGCUGUGCUCCCGUCCGGCUGCUACCCGAGUGCACCGACCUCAACGCCCUCGCCGUAGGCUCCUACGCGAGCCACGCGUACGCAUUGGAGGGCCGGUGCUACCAAGAUGUCAAGUCCAUAAAGUGGAGCGAUUUCGGACCCUAG